GCACCGUGAUCUCAUUUCACUUCUGCACUGCAAAGUCCAAUCUUUAAACUUUGAUUAAUUCUAACUUGAGAUUUUGUCCAGUUUUGUUUCUGAGUGGUGAUAUGACGUGGUUCGGUUUAAUGGUGGUGGGUGUAACGGCCCUGCUUGGACUGUCGGCGUGUCAGGCUGCUGUUGUUCAUCACGGCAGAAGAAGUGAACACUUUGUCCCCAGAAAUCCACGGGAAACUGUUCUCUCGUAUCCAGAGUGGUUGUCGUAUUUGGCCGUCUCAUCUUCCCCAAAAGGAGUGGAUUUCAGCCAGAAUUAUGCGUCUCAAUCUGCCCCCUCAAUCCUGCCGAAGGACUUGUACCCGACAAAUUACUUGUCUCAACUUCCCGAAUUUUUCCACAAUCAACAACCUUUCAACGAUUAUCAUUACGACAGCCCUUAUCUAAAAUCUCCAUACGUGACCGACCACUCCAGUGAGACUGCUGUUUACAAAACCAUUGCUGACUGUUUACAUAAACUUCAACUUGGGGCUGUCGACCAAUUUGAGACAUUUGCAAAGACUGGAGGUUACCAGGAAUCUGAAUUAAAUAAUGGAAAACUUGCUACGUAUGCCACCCCCACUUUGAGCAAAAAAGUUGAAAAACUUGACCAAAUACGAAGUGGUGAGUAUAAAAAUGCUGUUUCUGAUAAGGUGAAAAGUCGUGCUGGACAGACAAUGGAUCAAAUGAAGAAAAAUAGGGAUGAAGAGCGCGUGAAGGCCGUAUUAGCUGCCGCUGAGGAGUCGAAGGGCAUUUUGGUUAUGCAUAAUGAUAAUCAGCUAGUGGGACGAAGUGGAGCUCGUGAUGCCGCUAUAAGCGACGAACUGAGAAACUUAAUAGAAGCUGGGUUCAUGCUGCCACAUGCUAGUCCUAGUCGUAUCAUCGACCCGAUUGAAUUUGGUGGGCGAGCUGGUAAACAGAGCAUUAUUGAUUCGCUUAAAGCCGGGGGAUAUGUAACCCAGGGGGAAGCUGAUCGGAUCAAGGUCGACAAAUUCGGCGAUAUCACGAGGGACCUUCUUGGGAGAAACGCAGCACAAGGUCGUGUUUCCAGCGACAUCGGUGGCAGGGCAAGCAUAGCCCUCAUCGUUGACACAAAUGAUCUUUUGCAAGGCCUGGAUUUCUCUACGGAUCUGUAGGUCUAGGGGUCCUUCUCUCCCAACUAUGAUGACCCUCAACAAGGCCUACCAUCAUCCAACAACAACAUAAAUUAUACGCAAAAUAAAUAAGUCACUUACCAUUUUUUGAAAAUUUAAUCAGCAAAAUUCUUUUGCUUUACAUUUUUAUGUAUAUAGGCAUUUAGCAAGUUUAUAAAUGCUAGGAUUAGUAGCAUGAAAAACAUCCCAUCAUUUGGCAAGAAAAUAAAAUUAAUUUUAGCUGUAAAUAUUAUAAAUCACUAAUUGUAAGUUUAACAUGAAAACAAAAUUCGUAAUGUUUGGAUAAUUUUUUCAUGUAGUUUGUAAAUUCCCACUUUACAUAUUCCAUCAAGGUAAUAAAUGUAAUAAAAUGACGCAGAAAUUCAAGGGGUACACACAAA